GGCAGUGAGGUCGGAGUCAGUCGUCAGCUGUGAGGAAGUGAGUGUGUGUGAACUCUCAGAAAUGACAGACUCUCACACACCUCCCCUUCACCACCACGCCCUCUGUCCUCUACAUUUAGGAGGUAGAGCAAAUCUCAUGGAUGGUCGUGGAGCUGCUGACUUCUAUACGAUGUAUGGAGAUAGAGUUGGCAACAAUAACCCUGAGACUUCCAACUUUCCUGCAGAGAUUCCCCAAGACCACGUCGGCGCCUUUAUAGUCUCCAACCACAUCACGCACGCUAACGUCGCCCAAGAAGAACCAGUCCAUGUCCAAGUAGAACCAGUUCAUAUUCAUGCAGAACCAGUCUAUGCCCACGUAGAACCAGUCCAUACACAUGCAGAACCAGUCCUCGCUCAUUCUGAAUCCCAGCCCCACACCCACCAAUCGCAAUAUAUUCAGCGAGAGUAUUCCUCUCCCCUCACUGUCAAUAUGCACCUCUCUGCUUCCUUCCACCACAUGCCCAUGACAGCUACUUCUAUCCCAGCACCCACGUAUACCCAGGCGUAUGCUAUUCCUGGCUCUUAUACCCAAACUCUGCCCCACCCACGCUCAAGCCAGGCCAAGACUCACAACCACCCAGCCACAAUGCAGCUGAGGAGCAGUAAUUCUGGGGGUGGUGAUGGUAGGAGCCAGCGAGCUGCCCUCCAUCACGGGGCUGUACCCACCACUAACCAUCGUCUUGGUGGCGGUGGGCGGCAUCCUGGUGGUGAUGGUGUUGCGACGACCAUGGAAGGGGAUGGCCCAGGGACGACUCAGCCAAGACGUCUCCAGCCUCCACAUCCAGACGAAGAACGACAGCAACAGAGGCCAUCGUGACGUUGAGGAGAAAGACCCUAAUAUUAUACAGGUUACCAGAGGUGAGUCUCCUUUUCAUGACGCUUGGACAAUAUCAGUGUCCAAAAUAGUCAGAA